UUUCCUUCUCCAAUCUUCUCUUUCGUCUUAUCUCCCUUUUCAUGCGCUCCCCGCCCAAAUUCCUUUUCCAUUUUAAGGAAUUCUAUGCAAAUCCCCAUACUUUCUGUUAGCCGGCUCCAACUUUGUUACUUGAAGGCUGUUUCUCUCGAUAUCUAUCAAAUCAACACUUCGUUACCUCUCCGUGAGAGAGUGUGUGUGUGUGUUUUUUUUUUCCCCCGCCCCUCUCCUUCAUAGUUUCUGGGAGGACAACCGAUCACUUCAUGUACCAUUUGUUGAACAUGCAAACCGCGCUCUCAGGAUGCUAAUGAGAGUUAUGGUGAAAGCAUACACGCAGGAGUACACUUACAGGCACCCAUGGGAACGGGUAACUUGCGCAUCUUGGCGCAAGUUCGCUGACCCCGAGAACAAGCGUAUAUUAUCCCAUAUUUUAGAAGUUGACACGUUGAACCGCAGGCUUGACCCCCCAUCUGGGAAGCUUUAUACCACCCGAGCUAUCACGAUCCAUUGUCCAGGACCAUGGUUUGUCCGCAAAAUUGUUGGUCAGGAUAUUUGCCACUGUGUUGAAUCAACAGUUGUGGAUGCACAGACGCGGUCAAUGCAGUUAACUACACGCAAUAUCAGCCUCCAGAAGUUUGUGGAAGUGGAGGAGAAGAUUCGAUAUGAUCCUCAUCCUGACAAUCCCAGUGGGUGGACAAUUUGCCAGCAGGAGACUCGCAUCCGUAUUAAACCACUGUCAACACUGGCAUCCAUGGCGGAAAAAGUGGAGCAGCGAUGUGCUGAGAGGUUCCUUCAGAAUAGUGCCAAGGGAAGAGAGGUUAUGGAGAGGAUAUGUAAAUAUCUUGAAGCAGAGUCUAGUGGCCUUGCUCUGUAAUUGCACCUUGAUGAUUUUAUUUCGGGUAUUAGAUUUACAAUAAAUGAGAGAAUCGCGUUAGAGUUAUGCAGAGAAGGCGGGUCUCGGGUCUGUUAACCGAACUUUGAUACGGCAAAAGAAGCAAUUUUUGGACAAGCGA